AUGCAGAUUUAACGACUUUUUCUAAUGUUGAAGUAAAGUCGAGCAGACAUUCACGAUGGAGUCGGAGGAGAGUAAGAUUUCAGUGUGGGUUUGUCGGGAGGAAAAGCUCGUCUUCGGAUUGUCGAAGCGCACAACCUGCGCGGAUGUUGUCAAAGUGCUUCUUGAGGACCAGGACUCUCAGCGUGGCCUCUCCACAUCGCUCCCCGGCUGCUCACGUCCUUACUGCAUCGUGGAGAAGUGGAGAGGCUUUGAGAGGAUUUUGCCAAAUAAAACCAAGAUCUUUCGGCUCUGGGUCGCGUGGGGUGAGGAGCAGAGGAACGUGAAGUUUGUGUUGGUGAAAAGCGAAGUGUCUCUGGCAAACCACGGAGCCCGGAGCGCGGAGGCGCGCGUGGUGCCCAGCAAACACGGCCCCUGUGUUACAAAGGGGACCACACGUUCUCCCAUGGGUGGCAUUUCACCCGAGAAACAGCGUCGGGUUGUGAGGAAAGCUUUCAGAAAGUUGGAAAAGAUCAAUAAAAAAAGGGCAAGGGCGGCGCACAAGGAUGUGUCCUCCGCUGAACAGAUGGAAACUUUGGUUCAUCUGGUGAUUUCUCAGGAUCAUACAAUUCGCCAGCAGAUUCAGAGAAUUACAGAGCUGGAUUCAGAGAUCGAGAGGCGCGAGGCGAAAGUGCAUUUUGACAGAAUGAAGAGACAUGGGGUCAAUUAUGUGCAGGACACCUAUUUGGAGGAUGCUGCCUCUUGUGAGCUGGAGGGACACAAACUGUGCUCAGCCGAGACUCUUGUGAAGUUUGAGGAGUAUGUCCGGCAGUGUGAGGAGGUGGUCAGACUGCAAGAGGAGCUGUGGGAGCAGGAGGCUCUUAUAGACAUAAUCACACAGAAUAUGCAGGAGGAGCUGAAUCAGCGUUGGAUGCAGCGAAGGACGGAGGAGAUGCUGAGCGGAGACGCAGAGCUCGGAGAUGACACAGCGUCCCUCUACUGCACAGAGGCGGACACAGAAAACGAGCUGCUUCUGAGUGGAGAAAACGCAGAAAACGAGCUGCUAUUGAGAGGAGAGAGGAUCAGGACGCAGCUAGAUGUAAGUUUAUACAUCGGCCUGCGCCUCAACACGGAUUUGGAAGCUAUUUGGAGCAAUUUAGAGCUGACCGAUGAGAUUUGCGCGGCGAGGGAGGAGGAAAUGAGGGAUUUGCUGGAUAAAGUGAACACUUUGGACAUAGAGGAGGGAACAGACAGAGAGGAGAGAUAUCAGCACGGGGCUGAUGAGACGGAGAUGAUGAGCACUUUGGAGAGGAAGAGUGAGUGGGUGGAGCAGGCCAGGGGUUUGUCAAAAGCUCACAGUGUGAACGAUGACGACUCAGACACUGGUUUAAGUUCUCUGCACAGUCAGGACUCUGACAGCCAGCCUGUGUGGGAGUCUCUGGUUUAGAGUUUUACAUCCAUUUCAUUAUUUUCUUACUGGUUUAUUAACUUCAGUCUCGGGGAUCACAAUGCUCUGAAAUAUAUGGCAUUCACUCUUAUAUUAAGAGUAAUAGUGAAUUUAAACGGAUCCUUUGUCAGUGAUAAUCCCCACAUGGAACUUUUUACAUCGUUCUUAAUCUGGGUUUAGAGCUCUUUUUUUCUGGGGAUAAAGUAUUAAUCUCUUCCAAGAAAGUUGCUAUUUUAAAAUAUACAUCAAACUGGUUCUGAAUAUUGAGUUCAUUUGUUACCUCUUCACUCUUUACAAUGACCCACAAACUGUAAAUUGUUGCUGUUUGACUCUUAACAAGUUUGUGGGUUGUGGCUGAUCUUCUUCAACUUCUGCUACACUUACACACACCUCAGCUACAGCAGCCAAAACAUAGAGGUGUAAAAUGUGAAGGAUUAUUCUGUAGAUUAUGAACAACACCAUCCAGAGUAACUCAGACACUGAGUGAUUAAGAAAACAUCUAUAGACAUAAUAAUGUGGGAAGUCAAAACAGAGACACAGAGUGAGGCUCUGCUAUCCUAGACAGAAACAAACUCUAGAUGAUCGCCACGGUUAUCAGACUGUCUGCUAGAGCGUGAGUUCUUUAUUCUUUAUUUUUUUAAUUCUUAAUGCAGAAUGAUCUUUGGUAAACAUUGUCAACUGAAAAACAUCCAAGAUCUGAACCUGGUCAGGAUAUUUAACAUUAAGCACCAAGCUUCAUCAGCCAGCUGCUUAAAAUGAAAAUAAAGUCCCAUUAAAGCAAAAGUGUAGGGAAUAACAUUUGUAAAGACAAUUCUCAUGUCAGGUUAUUGUUUACGUCAGGUCAGUAAGAAAAAGUUCUCCUAUAUGUUCUUUAUCUUCUUAAUGA